GUGCGCGACCCGCAAUAGCCUUCCGACGCGGUUCCAAGACACACCUCCAGCAUGGCGCCGAGCACCGCGCACCUCCGCGCCGCGGCCGUCUUGUCCGUCUUCUUGAUCGCGCGGGUGUCCGGCCAGCACUGGCAGCAGGGUGGCGCGUACGACGGCGGGCAGGGCCAGUGGUUCCCGCCGUACUCGCAGCAGCCUUGGACCGCCCCUUCCAGCGUGUCCUGGGGACCGCCGACGCCGUCCUUCGCCGCGGGGCAGUCGGACGCGGCGUGGGGGUGGUCACCGAACUUCCAGAACGACCUCCACCACCAGCACGGCCAUCACGGCCAGCAUGACCCCCACGCGCAGUAUGCUUCGUACGAAUACCACGGCCAGCACGGCCACCACGGCCAUCACGGGCACGACCUCCCCGUCGCGCAGCCCUCGCCGCACUUCAGCCGCGGCUGGGCUCCCAACGCGGCCCCUGGCUGGUGCAGCAUGACGCCGCAGCAGCAGGCCUGGCACCACCAGCCCUCGCACCACCAGCCCUCGACGCCGAGCUCCGGAUGGGACGCCUCGUGGGACAUCGGCAUGGGGCCCUUCGCGUCCGGGGCGCGGUGGGCGCGCAGCAGCAGCCAGCAGCAGGCCCCCGUCUGGCUCCGCGACCCCUCCGUACCGCGGCCCCUCGGCACCGUGCUGCUGGACGGCGGCAUCCGCGUGUCCGUGCGCGACUUCCGCCACAUCCUGGAGCACUACAAGACGGGCGCGUGGCGUGACGUCACCACGGACACGGGCGCCAAGAUGUUGAGUGAGACUUUCGACGAGUUCGAGCGGUCCGCGAGCAAGUUCGCCGUGCAAGUGCCGCUGGCGAACGGCGCCGUCGUGCCCGCGCUGACGUACUGCCUGGUGGUGCGCUGCGUGACGGACGACAAGACCCACGCCGUCCUCGAGGUGCCCGACGGCUCCACCUGCCCGCUGCGCCAGCUGGCUGACCGCGCCGACGUCGCGUCCUGGAUGCACGCGCUGUUCCCGGAGGGCCUGCGUCCCCGCCAGCACCACGGCACGCCUCACGUCUGGGCCCCCGCGGCCGCCACGACCUCCACGACCGCCACGCCGCCGCCCGACGCCACCACGACCUGCCCGCCGCCACCGGCCACCACGCCGAGGCCGCCGGUCCAGGACGCCAAGGAGAGCACCGUCGCGGAGCAGGAGAAGUCGGCCUCGACGCAGAACGCCGGCCACGCCUACCCGCCCCUGCAAGGCCACGCGCACGGCAACCAGGUGCAGCAGCAAGGACACCAGCGCCACCACCAAGCACCCCGCGGCCAGCGCCUGCCUGUCAUCUGGAGUCCGGGGCUGGCGCCGGGCUCCGUAGCGCCCUCCAACUCCAUCGACCACAUCGUGCAGCCCCACAGCGGCGGCUUCGCGAACUAACUCGGGUGAGCUUGUGAAAGUUCGUUCGCACGCACUGUUUUUGAAAAAAGUAAACUUUCUGUGUGUGCCCGGCUUCGGCUUAUUUCCGGCUGCAACUCCAUUUCAAGGCGGUGUAAGAGGACAUUUUUUAUGUGAGGGUGGAAGUUCCGCCAAAAUAGUUUGUGUUUGUAUCACUUCAAGUGUCCAGGGAAUUUAAAACUGAAAAAAGGGUGUUAUCUAAUCACUCGUCAAUUAAUUUAAUUUGUGAAGACUGCACACCUUUGUGCCUUGCUUUGAAACGUAAAUAAAUCAGUCGAAUUAUGUUAAAAUACUGCAA